AGCGUUCCCCUUACGUCAUUAGUGGGCGGUCCACCCUGUGAUUGGCCGGGCCUUGUAAGCACGUAUCCUGACUCCGCGCCGGUCAAAGUAGUAGUAGGUCUUAGACGCGGAAGGAAAAUGGCGCUGACUCUAGGAACAAAGAAGAAAGUGUGCUACUACUAUGAUGGUGAUGUUGGAAAUUAUUAUUAUGGUCAAGGGCAUCCCAUGAAACCUCAUAGAAUUCGCAUGACACACAACCUGCUGCUCAACUAUGGACUUUACCGAAAAAUGGAAAUCUUUAGGCCCCACAAAGCCAGCGCCGAGGAUAUGACAAAGUAUCACAGUGAUGAUUAUAUCAAAUUCCUGCGCUCCAUACGACCAGACAAUAUGUCCGAAUACAGUAAACAGAUGCAGAGAUUUAAUGUUGGUGAGGACUGUCCUGUGUUUGAUGGCCUAUUUGAGUUCUGCCAGCUCUCUGCAGGGGGUUCUGUAGCAAGUGCUGUUAAACUAAACAAACAGCAGACUGACAUUUCAGUGAACUGGUCUGGUGGCCUUCAUCAUGCAAAGAAAUCUGAGGCAUCUGGUUUUUGUUAUGUCAACGAUAUUGUCCUUGCCAUCCUGGAACUACUAAAGUAUCACCAGAGAGUUGUGUAUAUUGAUAUAGACAUUCACCACGGUGAUGGUGUUGAGGAGGCAUUUUACACAACCGAUAGGGUUAUGACUGUGUCCUUCCAUAAGUAUGGAGAGUAUUUUCCUGGAACUGGAGAUCUGAGAGAUAUUGGUGCAGGGAAAGGCAAAUACUAUGCUGUAAAUUAUGCCUUACGGGAUGGGAUUGACGAUGAGUCCUAUGAAGCAAUUUUUAAACCAGUAAUGUCCAAAGUUAUGGAAAUGUUUCAGCCCAGUGCAGUGGUCUUACAGUGCGGAGCAGAUUCAUUAUCUGGGGAUAGACUUGGAUGCUUCAAUUUGACCAUUAAGGGACAUGCGAAGUGUGUGGAGUUUAUAAAGACCUUUAACUUGCCACUGUUGAUGUUAGGAGGUGGAGGUUACACUAUCCGGAAUGUGGCUCGUUGCUGGACAUAUGAAACAGCUGUGGCUCUGGACUCUGAGAUCCCCAAUGAGCUUCCAUAUAAUGAUUAUUUUGAAUAUUUUGGUCCGGACUUCAAGCUUCACAUCAGCCCAUCCAACAUGACUAAUCAGAACACUAAUGAAUAUCUGGAGAAAAUUAAGCAGCGCCUCUUUGAGAACUUGCGCAUGCUCCCCCAUGCUCCUGGAGUUCAGAUGCAAGCCGUUGCAGAGGACUCCAUACACGAUGACAGUGGUGAAGAAGAUGAAGAUGAUCCCGACAAGCGUAUUUCAAUUCGGUCAUCAGAUAAAAGGAUUGCCUGUGAUGAGGAGUUCUCAGAUUCUGAGGAUGAAGGGGAGGGAGGUCGCAAAAACGUGGCCAAUUUCAAAAAAGUAAAACGGGUUAAAACUGAAGAGGAAAAGGAAGGAGAGGACAAGAAAGAUGUUAAAGAAGAGGAGAAAGCUAAAGAUGAGAAGACGGAUAGCAAACGGGUAAAAGAAGAGACCAAAUCAGUCUGAUCCUUCAACUAUGGGGAGAAAAUCCGAAGACCAAACUAAUUCUCAUGGUUUUAUAUUUUGUAUAUGCCCUGUACAGAGCCCUACUAUGAAAUAUAAGUCCACACAUUCUAAAUUAUUUCUGUCCCACUGGUUGAGGGGGGGUGAAGUGGUCGCUGUAGUGGAUUAAGCUUCACAUCUGUUACCUUUUUUUAAGAUUCACAUCUGUUACCUUUUUACCAGAUGUUUCCAGCUCUUUGGCUUUUUUUUUUUUUUUUUGACCAAAAACUUUCCAUGUUUUCCUGUGCCUCUGUAAUCUUCGGUGGUGCAAUGCAUUACGGAUUUAUUUCCCUGCUCCCUUCUAUACACACUUUUGCUGUCAGACUACAAGACUUUUUUGCUACAGUACAUUGGAAAUAUGUACACCUUAUGCUCAGGAUCAGGCAGUGAGAAGGAGGUGGGUUCCAGCCGUCUUCCAAAUGAAUUUGAGAGGGUUACCUUGAGGGAUGGAGGGGGAAGCUGAAGCUCCUCUUAAACUAAACUAUUCAGGGAUUCCCUGUACUCUUAAUGCUGCUAACCCUCCUCCAGAUUAGUUCAUGAAGCAGAUUUUUAGAUGUGUGGAAACCUGGUCCACAGUUACCUUAUAAUGGGGAUUGUGGGGAUUUGCAAUUUGGGUUUCUGCCUUUAAUCUUAGUGGGUUGGAGAGUGUCUGGAUUCAUGGAGUGAAGAAAAUGGAGAAUUUUUAUGUCCAAUUUUUGUGAUGGGAAAUUUCUUUUUUUUUUUUUUUAUGGUUGAGUUGUAGAAAAGCUUUGUAAUAAAAUCUGGUACUUAUA